CUUCUAGGAACUUACUCGGGGGUUGUGGUAUUGAGGGUAAACCAGGGUGGAGAAAGACUGUCAGAAAGGCUGUGGGCAGGUUCAGGAGCCCUCAGCAAAUGCUUCGGGAAAAUGGCCAAAAGAAUUGCUGAGAAGGAACUGACAGAUAGGAAUUGGGAUCAAGAAGACGAAGCCGAAGAGGUGGGCACAUUCUCAGUGGCCAGUGACGAAGUCUUGAAGAACAGAGCCAUAAAGAAAGCAAAGCGUAGAAAUGUUGGAUGUGAAUCUGAUGGUGGCGGGGCCUUCAAAGGCUUUAAAGGGCUGGUGGCACCUUCUGGAGGAGGAGGCUUUUCUGGAUUCGGUGCUUGUGUUGGAGGGAAGCCUUUGGAAGGACUGUCCAAUGGAAACAGCAUGGCAGGUGCCCCGCCCUUCUCCAGUGCGAGAGCUGCCACCGAGACCAAGGUGGCCUUUGGAUCUGUUGCUGCAAAUGGCCCCGCCUCCUUGGUUGAUAAUAAGAUUUCAAACCCCAAAAGGAAUGGUGACAGUCAGUCCUCUGGUCUUUCCUCGAGCACCACUCACCAAGGGAACGCCUACCACAAGCAGCUGGCGGCCUUGAACUGUUGUGUGCGGGACUGGAUCGUGAAGCAUGUGAACGCGAACCCGCUGUGCGACCUGACGCCUGUCUUUAAGGACUAUGAGAACUACUUAGCGGGCAUUGAGCAGCAGCUUGGUGACAGCGGAAGCAGCGGCUCUGAAAGGAAACCUAGCAAAACGUCACUCGACUCACAGUCUCCCUCCCUAUUUGGUUCAACAAAGUCACAGCAAGAGUCAACAUUUUUGUUUCAUGGGGAUAAAACUGAGGGCACCUCUGAAAAGAAGACAGAGGCUGUGCCUGAGAAAAAGGGGGACCCGUCACUGGGAGCGACAAGUGCCUCGUUUAAUUUCGGCAAGAAAAUUGAUGGUUCUGUUUUGGGCUCCUUAAACUCUGGCCCCCUGGCUGGGUUUUCAUUUCCUUCUGGAAACUCCAGUUUAUUUGGCAAAGACAUUACCCAGAGUAAGCCCGUUCCUUCGCCGUUCUCCGUUACAGCACCGGAGAGCCAGGCCGGGGGCGGCAGUGCCGGCUGCGAAGGUGGAGAUGAAGAAGAAAAUGAUGAGCCGCCCAAAGUAGUAGUUACUGAGGUCAAAGAAGAAGAUGCUUUUUACUCCAAAAAGUGUAAACUUUUUUACAAGAAAGACAAUGAAUUUAAAGAGAAGGGUGUAGGUACUCUGCAUUUAAAACCUACAGCGAAUCAGAAGACACAGCUGUUGGUGCGGGCAGACACCAACUUAGGCAACAUAUUGCUGAACGUCCUGAUCCCACCCAACAUGCCGUGCACCCGGACCGGGAAGAACAACGUGCUCAUCGUCUGCGUGCCCAACCCCCCGGUGGACGAGAAGAACGCCGCCGCCCCCGUGACCAUGCUGAUCCGGGUCAAAACCGGCGAGGACGCGGACGAGCUGCACCGAGUCCUCCUGGGGAAGAAGGACGCCUAGCCCCGCCCCCCUUAGUCAGGUUUCUUCUUCCGUUGACGUUCUGAGAACUUUUAGGUAACUUACAGCCUGUGAGCAAGAUUAAUAUGGCCAAUAAACCUUUAAUGUUUAGUGUUAAGAACUGUCUAAUGUGUAAACUACAUUUGAAAGAAAUUUUGGUAUUUUUAAUGUUCAUUUAUUAAAUUAACCACAAGUGA